ACGAUUGGCUGAUAGUGUAGUACUUUAAGACGAUAAAAAUUAUUAAAAUAAAACUAAUAGAAUGUGAAAAGAAUUGCCAAAAAAGAUUUAUUUAAACAUUAAAAAUAAGAUAACAAUAGAAGAUUUAGUUUGAAAAUAAGAACAGGAGCAAGGGUUGAAAGUUGUGGUCUGAUUGGACGUCAAAUCGAAGGCAAUCAAGCAGCAAAAAGGAAGUAGAAGGACAAACGGAGGCCAUUAAGCGCAUCAAACGGUAACAACCGGCUAGUAAGACAUUUUUAUUGAAGAACGAUAUGCAUAGUGCAUCCUAUUGCGUGAAAAUGUCAGGACCAUCGACCUUGCUGUUGGUGCUCAUGUUGCUGCUUAGUCGGGUAGCCGGCGAUAUUAGUAGUAGUGGUAGUGCUGAACAGUCGUUUCACGCAGUAACUGUUCAACCGACUGCUUUUUCAGCAUCGGCACCGGUGGCAGACACAGUUAGUGACGAGUUGCAGCGUAGCCUGCGAUUCGAUCCUCCGUUGCUGGAUUUCGGCGAAGCGUGCCCGGUGGGAACUGCGCGUGCACACACGGUGACAUUAGUGAAUCAGAAUGCGAAUCGUAGCGUAUAUUUGACUUCUGUGUCGGGACGUACACCAACAUUUUACUCGAGUUUUUUUGAGGCGAAAGUAGUGCCGCCGCAAGGCAAUACUACCUUCAAUGUGGUCUUUCUGCCGCGCGUACAUGGCAGUGUUACAACGGAUCUACUAAUACAUACGUCCUUUGGGCAGGCGCGUUUGCAAGUACGCGGCGAGGGACGUGAUUGCCCGUAUCGAUUGAAACCGUUAGUGGGGAUCAAGGCACCACUUAAUGCGACGCUCACACCCGAGAUCCAAAUGUACAAUCCACACAAUAAGCCACUUCAAAUACUCGAGGUUUAUAGCAGUGGCGGUCAGUUCCAAUUAGAACUGCCGAGUGGUGGUCAGGAAGGUCCACAAACAUUAUGGGAGAUACCGCCAUAUGAAACGAAAUCUAUCAUCCGUAUACGUUUUCACGCGCGUACCGUCGGUAAUCACACGGCUUAUAUACGCAUAAAGAUCUCUGAACAGGUUAACGAAAAUGAUGCGGAUUCCACAAGCAACAGUGGAAAUGUGCUGGUUAUACCUGUCGAAAUUGAAAUUCUACCAUUGCACGGUCUGUACGCAGAUAAUCCAGUUGUUAAUUUCGGCCGUUUGUCAACAGUUGUUGGGCACAACAUGAAACCGUUACAAUUGAAGUUACAACUUCACAGCUCGCAUAUGCGGCAACAGCACGUAUUACACGACUAUACGCUUCGCAAUGUGCCAGGUCUAACAUUCGACCCUAAAGGUGGUGUUGUCAUAUUGGAAUCGUGGCUCUUCGAUAGCUCAACAAUAUUGGACGAGGUGAUGAUAUUGCGCAGCAUACCACGUGCUCCGCUGCUGGAGAACAACACGCAAACUGCACAUGAAUUCACUGUGCUAAUACGUGCCGAAGUGUUUAGAGGAGCGCUGCACUACGAUGCCAAUGCGACCACUUUUGUAACCCAAGCGACGCUUGGUACACGGGGCGGCAAUAAACGCAGCUUGGUGGUGCGCAAUGAUUUUGAAACGCCUUUAGCGUUGCUGAAUGUAAGCCUUCCGCAGCACACAGAGGGUCUUGCUUUACGCGCGCAAUACAGUAGUGAUUACCUUGAUGCUUUAGCCAGCAGAACAUCGGGUGCUUUGGUGCUGCCUCGCGGUGGUUCUUUGGCUUUGUUGCAACUACAGAUGCUGAACUCAAGUAUGGUCUACAAGACCAAUUUACUCAUACGCACGAAUAUUACGCACAUCGUGGUGCCGUUGGUAGUUUGUGGAGGCCGUUUACAUGUGUCCACCUAUGAUACAGCGCGUCUACAGACCGAUGCGCCGUAUAAAGUGGAUUUGAAUUUGGGCGCAAUACCAUUGGCAGAGACGUCGCACAAUGGCUAUAUUGUGCUGCGUAAUCGCAACCCUUUGCCUGUUAAAUUGAACAAUUGGAAUUUCAAAUCACCGCAAGGAGUAUACUUUCAUACGACAUUUCGUGGCUGCUUGAGGCCAGAUUCACUGCGGCUGUUGCGCAAUGCUACACUCAAGUUGGAGAGUGCGAAGUUCAAGCUAUGCACGCAAUUGGAACAAGACGAUGUAGCUGUUUUCCAAGUGACCAUACAAUCAUAUAUAACCGAGCAACACCAGUGCACGCUCAAAAUUUGGACGACAUACGAGGAAAUAACGACGACGGUACGUUUUCGCACCUGGAUUGGUAAACUGGAAGUGGAUCAAGAGAAACUGUACUUCAAAAAUUGUUUUCCGGGAAAACACUGUUCAGCCGAAUUGGCUAUACGCUCAACUUUUCAGCAUCCUAUACACAUUACCUCGAUCAAUUUUACUGACGCAGGUCUACGCUUCGAGGACUACAACGUCAACGGCUCGAUAAUCGAAGGCAAUGCGAUGUCUAAAGUAGGUCGCAUACACUUCGAACCAGCGUUGCUUUGUCAGCUGCGUUGCUAUAUACCGCAAGAUGAGCGCACUAAUAUGAUUGCUUUCCCUGCCCCGCAAAAUACCCGUGGCGGUCUCAACAACAAUCUACAUUUCGACGAGACGGAGUUGCGGCGACGCACCGAGUUGUUUCGCCGCCUAAAAUACGACUUUCAGAACAUUGCCUUCACAUUGAACAGCAAUGAAGUGCGGCAAUUUUUACUACAGCUAAUAAUUGACAUCGAGUGGCCGAAAUUUGUCACUGGAAAACAAGUGUUGCCCACAAUAGAGGUGAACAAACCGCAGGAAGUCCAGGUGCUAUUGAGAAAUCCAGCGGAUACACCAGUGCUACUCGAUUACUUUCUCUCGGUUCCGGCGUUUGCGAAGGAAACGCACUUGUCGUUACCUUUAGAAGUAGUGGACAUUGCGCCGCAUUGCUAUUUAACCGAUAAGGAUGUAUUUUCUCUGCCAGGCGGUGCGCCGCUUAAACCAGUGUUGUUGCCACCGCAUACGAGUUUACCGGUGACGAUUUCUUUUGAGGCACCCAUUGCCGAUACGUAUUGCACGCUGCUGCACAUACGCAAUAAUCUGACACUCUACGAAGCGGUUUGGCUGAGUGCGAAAGUGGUGCACUCACAGUUUCGCCUUGGCAAUCGCAAACCCGGUUCGAAAGCAACGCUGGUUUUUGACUUAACAGAAAAACAUUUUUCGGUUUGCAAUCAGUCUCCGAUUCAUCAACAAGGAUCUAAUGAGCGCGAUGAAUUGGUUGUUCGGAAAUACCCAAAGGUGGUAUUAAAGCGCACAUUUACGGCACGAAACACAGGCGAAAUACCCAUUUGGAUUGAGACGUUUCAAAUUGGCAAUCAUAUGUGCACCGGCUAUGGUUUCAGUAUAUCGGAUUGUAGCAGUUUUCCACUGAAGGCAAAUGAAACAAAAAAGAUUGAGAUUGUGUUCACUCCCGAUUACACUAUGCCAAAUAUCCUGAUACCGCUGAAAAUACACACGAACCUCUCUUACAAUGUGGAAUAUAGAUUGGAGGCGCGCCUGCUUCCUAGCACGCUUGAGCUGUGUUCGGCUUUGAUACCGCGUCCCGAUUGGGAGGAACGCAUACGUAAUGCAGCCAUUGUGUUGUUGGCCACAACAUUUGUUUUCGUGCUUAUCGCCGCGAGCAUUGAUUUCGACAACAUAUUGCUUAGUCAGACAGCGUUGUAUGAGGCGCGCGACAAAGGCUCCGUGCAUCCGACCUUUAAUUUACGCAAUAUUGCUUUGAAAGCGCAGGUAGCGGCGAAUGCCGUGGACGACGAGCAGCAGCAGCAGCAGCAUAUUGAUUCGGCAACGCAUGCACAGCCGCCGCGACGAAGUGGAAUACAACAGCAACAUCAGCAACACCCGAAGGUUAGUACCAGCAGCAGUAGUAGCAGUAGUGGCAGCAACGGCAGCGGCGGUAACAGUAAUAGUGGUGUGAAAAAGCGCACCUUGAAGCGGCAAAACAACGUGAACAGCAAUGCGACGGCGAACCGCGCCAGUUUACCUUGGUCGCUGGAUUUAAACGCGUUCAAGAGCAACGUAACGAUGAUAAAAAACGCGAGCGAGAACGAUAAGAGCAGCCUCAGCAGCGUCACAAGCGGCAUGCAGCAGCCGGCUGGUAGUGAAAGCGUGGGGAAGAAGAGCGCUACCACUUCCACGAUACCCAAAGCACAAACGCACAAUGAUAAAGUGAAUAGAGGAGGUGGGGACGUAAUUAGUACAACUUUAACAAUGGCGACAAGUAGUGCCAAUAAUGCCAAUGGCGCAGGGAAGAAGCAGCAGCAACCAACCCAGUUGUCCGCAACACAGCCGCAAGAGCUAACCUCACCACAGCAACAAGCGCGUGGCGCGCGCAAAGUGAAAAAUGUGGGCGGCGCUUCAGUGGCAGCGAACGAGAAAAACGACAAAGAGACAGCUAGCGGCCAUCAAAAGCCACAGGUGUGCACCGGCAAAAAUGCGCGUGGUAAUACCAAUAAGGCGAACGCUAAUGAAACGCUCAGCCCUAUUGCCAACGUUCGAGAUACGGGUGUCGCUUGUAGCACAGCGUCAAUGCACUCGCCGCCAGCGAAGGAAGCCGGUGCACAAAGUUCGUCCAAAUAUGGCAAAACACCGGGACGCGAACGCCGCAAAGAUGCGCAAAGUGGAAACUCUGGUAACAAUGGCAAUGAUGCGACUCCAUCGAAUUGCUCUUCAUCAUCCACGAAUUCUGGCGGUUCGAGCGCAUCGCGCCGUGCUGAACGCAGAUGUCGCCAACGUGCAGCGGCCGCAUUGCGAUCGUUGAAUUUCAAUGAUGCGCCCACAACGGCGGCACCAACUAUUGCUCCAGUAACACGUCCACGGACCACGAGUGGAAAAGAUAGCAGUGGCGGUGCCGCUAGUGUUAUGGGUGGAUUAUUGAGCUGUUUAAGUACGCCUUGGGACACUGGCAAUCAGGCGACUUUCAGCGAUGUAUUGCAAGCACAACCCAUUACUGUGCCGGGGAAAAACAUGCCUAAAUCGAGCGAUCCAUCUAAUGUGGCUAUGGCUGAUAGCAGAUCGGCUUUCGCCUUCGCCGACAAAGAAAAGCGCGCUGUAGAGCACGAAUCGGGCUUUGGCGUUAAACCGCAAGAGCAGUUGCAGUCAGCGCAACAGAAGCAGCCACAACAGGUUGUCGGACAAAACUCAAUUGGUAUGGGGUUGGAAAAGGCGCCAAGCUUGAAUUCUACUGAGCUGGGUCCGAUCGGCUCAAAGAAGUCACCUUCUUCUACACCCGUCUGGGAGCCCGUGAAUAGCAGCAGCAGCAGUAGCGGUAGCAGCAGCCAUGGUGGCAAUGGACUGCAAAUUCCAAAGCCAAUUGUGUCCACAGGCAACUGUAGUUUUUUCUCGAAUCUUUUGACCACAUACGAAUACGACGGCAAUCGGCAACUGAGUGGUAUCGAUGCCGAUCCGUACGAAAUGAAAAAGGCUCAAGAUGAGUACUUCGAAUACAUGUACAAUUUACGUCAACAGCAGCUGCAGGCUCAAGUGCAGGCACAUGUUCAGGCUCAAGUACAGGCACAACAGCAACAACAGCAGCAGCAACUGCUGCAAGGUGUCGACUGGGCACGUCUCAACUCGCGCACUUGGUCACCAAUGGCAGCGUAUUUGGGGCAGCACGAUAGUCCUGGUGUCAGUGGCAGUGGUGGUGCAUUAGCUGCUGCUGUAAAUAGCGCAACCGCUAGUGCUGGAUUAGUGAGCAGUUUGAGUGCACCGAUGGCAGGCGGCGGUAGUGCCACAGCAUCCGCUUGGCCGCCCAUUGGUGGGGCAGCCACAUCGGCUGGUGGUGCCGUCAAUAGCAGUGGUGGCGUUAGCUCAACGGUUAUACGUCCACCGCCCGGCUUGGAAAGCAACUUUCAGGGCAUUAGCAACAAUACACAAUCAACCGCACAACAACAGCAAAAGCAGCAGCCAUUAAAUGUGUUGGCCAACGAUGCAGAUGCUGCUAUCACAGCCGAAAUGCAGACAUUCGAUCCAUUUAGUUCACUUAGUUCUAUUUGGUCGGAUAGCUGGCAGAAACGCAACAAUAGUAAUAACAGCAAUAACAGCAAUACGGGCGGCGGAAAUAUGAAUUGAAGUUGUUAGAUGUAAGAAGUAUGCGCGAGCGCUUGCUUGCAUGGAAUGUUUGUCGUCAAGGCGUUAGGUUGAGCGAUUGAUCGGUUGGCGGAAGUGAUUCUUUGUAUAGCUCUUUUGGUUAUAUAAUUUUGUUUUUUAACGACAAACUAACGCACCGCGAAUGAAGUUAACGAUUUUCUAAAAUUUUUGACAGCACAGCAAGUUAUGAGCGCCAACCACUCUCGCUAAUCCCUCAUUGAGUUAUUUUUUGUUUGUAAUCAUCUAAUAACUGAACUUAAUAAUUAGAUUUAUAUUUUGAAACUUGUUGCCAUAUACUCUUCCCUCUAUUUCCCAACAACCUGGCCGUCCACAACCAACACGCGAAAAAUACAAAAGAGAUUAACGCAAAAAAAAAAGUAGCAAAAGAACACCGGAAAUGUGGAAAUGCAGUAAAACGAACAAAAUUCGAAAUUCGAACCAAUGAAAUUCGAUGUUUUUUUAACCGAAUGGUUACUACUGUUAAAUUGUCUCAAUUAUGUAUAUUAUGUAUAUUUUCUUUGCCGAUAAUUUUUCUUAAAACUGGUAUUUGAUGAGGACAAUGAACGUUGGAUGAAGAAAAUGAAAUCAAUUUGAGACAAUGAGAAAAUUAUAAAAUUUUGGAUUUUUGAUCUUUUUUUACUUUUAUUUAUAGUUUUCAUUGACUUGACGUUGUUAUUUAAUUUUAAUGUCGCAAAACGAAAAUAAUAAUUUAUUUUGGAUAUUUUAGUUUUACUUGAAAACAAAAAGUAAAAGAAACUAUACAAUGUAGCAAUGAAGUCGUGAAAUUGUAAACAUACAUACAUAUGUAUAAACGUACAAACUUACGUACAUACGCAAGAGUUUUGCUCAACACGGCCUAAAAAACAAGUAACAGCAUAUUGCCACACAAUAGCCGCAACCUCAAUACAUUAGAAUAAACACUUGGAAUUAUUAAAUAAUUUGAGGAAAAAUGAAAACUAUAUGGACUUAAGUGCAGUUAACGCACAGAUUUCAAUACAUAUAUAAUUACAUGCAUUCAAACCAAAUACAUACAUACAUACUUUCAAGCAUACAUUAAAACCACUAUCAUUUAUUUGCAAA